GAGUCAAAAUUUAUUAUAAAAUUUUAAAGCCACCGCAAUAGCGUGAGGACAACGUUUGACAGUGCGGUCCAGUGAGAAGUGCUCAGCACAUUUGUAUCCCAUCAGAUCCUUCAUCGUCAUUCUCAUCCGGUACAGCGAUACCCAUAUGACAUAGUCGCCAAAAGCCUAUGAAGAAAAACGCGAUCUAUGGCCUGCUGCGAGUGAAGAGCACAGAGAGACCAGAGAGGAAGCAAGAGGGCAAAGGUCUAGAUUCUAGAAUCCAGGAGUGGUACACUGCAACUUUAAGCACCAGUAGAAGCAACUUUCAGAAGCCUUCGAUCACAUUUACUUCAAGUUUUGAAAAGAGCAGUCGAAGCGAGAGCAUUUUUCAUACAUCAUUGGGCGUUUUGUGGAGAAACCAAGAAACCGCAUUUUGAACAACUCACAUAUUAAGGCAACUAUUCCAUUCGGUAAUAUCCACGACAUCCGCCCAUUAAAUUCGCACAAAAACUGAGCAUACGAUUAGAGCCAGUUGAGCCACCACCAGUCACCGCAACUGCACCAGAGAAGCCCAGACGUUGAGUGUGACCCAUAGCCAGCUCCGCCGAGGACCAGCUCCCACUAUCCGGUCAGCCGCGAUCUCAGGGUGAGUCCCUGACAAGCAGCACCAACGGCGUCCCAGACGAUUGUCCUAUCCAGCCCGGACAACCCAGCCGCGGCUCGCAAAACCGAGACCAUGGCGGAGGUGCUCAACCUGGAGAGCAUCAUUGGCCGUCUGCUGGAGGUGCGCGGCGCCAGGCCUGGCAAGAAUGUGCAGCUAUCGGAGGGCGAGAUCCGGGGUCUGUGCCUCAAGUCGCGCGAGAUACUGCUGGCGCAGCCCAUACUGCUGGAGCUGGAGGCUCCGCUCAAGAUCUGCGGCGAUAUCCAUGGCCAGUACUACGAUCUGUUGCGUCUGUUUGAGUACGGCGGCUAUCCGCCAGAGGCCAACUAUCUCUUCCUGGGCGACUACGUGGACAGGGGCAAGCAGUCGCUGGAGACCAUCUGUCUGCUGUUGGCCUACAAGAUCAAGUAUUCGGAGAACUUCUUUCUGCUGCGCGGUAAUCACGAGUGCGCCAGCAUUAAUAGAAUCUAUGGCUUCUACGACGAGUGCAAGCGCAGAUAUACCAUCAAGUUGUGGAAGACAUUUACGGAUUGCUUCAACUGCCUGCCGGUGGUGGCCAUUGUGGACGAGAAGAUCUUCUGCUGCCACGGCGGCCUGAGUCCGGAUCUCACCUCCAUGGAGCAGAUCCGUAGGAUUUUGCGGCCCACCGAUGUGCCCGAUCAGGGACUGCUCUGCGAUCUGCUCUGGUCCGAUCCGGACAAGGACACCAUUGGGUGGGGCGAGAACGACCGUGGCGUCAGCUUCACCUUUGGCGCCGAGGUGGUCGUCAAGUUCCUCCAGAAGCACGAUCUCGAUCUGAUCUGUCGUGCCCACCAGGUCGUCGAGGAUGGCUACGAGUUCUUUGCCAAGCGCCAGUUGGUCACCCUCUUCUCCGCCCCAAACUAUUGCGGUGAAUUCGACAAUGCUGGUGCCAUGAUGUCUGUGGACAAUACCCUCAUGUGCUCCUUCCAAAUCCUCAAGCCCGUCGAGAAGCGCAAGAAGUAGAAUGCCUCAAAAUUCGUGCACCUCUUCCAGAUCUCUUAUUUUACACCAUAACACAAGCACACCACUCACGGCCACAAUAUCCUACACGAAAUCGGCUCAAAAUCAUAACUUUCAGACUCAUCUCUUGUCAACGUGAUCGAAGAAAUGGCCCAAACUAUGUCAGCAUGGAUCCUAACUGGCUUACCACAUAUCCAGCCCCUUCGUUCAUAUGUGUGAUAUUAAACAAAUCGAAUCAAAUGGGUGUUUUUUUUAAGAGCUCUCAUUAAACAUGACCUAGUUUUAGUUAAUGGA